GUUACGUCACUGCGCCGGCGGUACUCACUUCCACAACGCAGGUGUCCGCCGGACAAAAGUCGCGGCCGUGGUGGUACCUUGAUCGUACUGCCGACGUCGGUUCCCCUCGCAAGCACCAGCACACCUCAGUCGAACAUGGCCUACUCGCGUUAUUCGCGGCUUUCGCGGAACUGCCAUUGAGAGAACCACCCGUCAUCCGCCCAUUCUGCUGCUUUCGGUACCACUAUUUCGGCGGCGGUUCUGAUCUAAACGCCUUUUCGGGUCGUACUUCGUAUGUCUCUCGACGGUUCCAAGCUUUUCUGCAAGUUGUAGUGCGUCAUAUCGGUGUUCAAGGUGGUACUUUUAGUGUCGAUGACAUAGUUGUAGGUACUGGUGUGUGCGGAGGAUGAAACAUCUGUUCUAACGAUUGCACCAGUGGAAUUUGGAUUUGGUACUGCCUGUCGCUAGCUUAGUCGGAGUGAAAAAUGAUCCAAAAUAGCUACAAGUCCAUGUACCGGCCAAAUUUCUACGAAAGCACGUGUCUACGAUGUAACGAAACAGUGUAUCAGGUUGAUCGAGUAGGACCUUUGAAGGAUUUCACAUUCUUUCACAGCGGCUGUUUUAAGUGUGCCUUAUGCGGAACCAAACUAACUUUGAAAACGUACUACAAUAAUCAACACAGACAGGAAGAUAAAGAAGUAUAUUGUAGCAGUCAUGUACCUAAAAUAGGCCCGGGUCAUUUGGAUGGAUCCUCCGUAGGCAUAAGGUCGGCAUUGAAUGUUCCCAAAAGUACAAAUUUUGUAAACGAACAAAUCCGAGGACCUGGAAGAGGCAUUGACGAUGUCGGCUACGUUCGUCAAUCUAACGGCUGCUCCACCUCCCCGUUAGGCUACGCCCACUCUCCUCCAAUGGGAGCGAGCGACCGGCAUUCCAGCUCCGCCUCCCCUGCUGGCCACGCCCCUCACGACACCUCCUACCAAUACGGGCGGUUCGACGCCAGCGCGCUGCAUAUCGCGCAUGCGCUCAAGCAGACCGAGUUGCAGAAGGCGUAUAAGGUUAGCAGGGAGAAGCCGAUCGACUGCUAUUUGGAUAGAGACGAGCAAAGAAAACUGGAAAUGAGGCAUCGGAAGGAAGAAGACGACUUGUACAGAAAAUUUCAGAAACAGAGAGAGGAGGAAGAAAGGAGAAUAAGGGAAGAAAUUAAGGAUGAGUGGGAGAAAGAAUUAGAAAUCCUAACCGACAGAUUCCAAAGAGAAAUGAUGAUGAAAAAGAAAAGAGAUGACCAGAACAUAUUGACUCUAAGGCACCAACAGGACAAGGAGACCUUAGAAAAAAAUAUGACGCUGAGAAGGGAUAAGAAGAAAGAGUCGUUGACGAGAAAAAUGCUUGAACACGAAAGGGCAGCGACGGCAGCCUUGGUAGAAAAGCAAAGCCACGAAAUGUUGGAGCUGAUCAACGAAAAAAGGAGUGAAUACAUGCAGGCCGAAUCGUUGUACUUAGACGAUCAAAUAGAAGGCGGGUACAUCCCGGAGGAGGUCCAGCCUUAUCCCAGUCACGCACCACCGCCUGCCCCGCCGGCUUUGAGUAAAUUUCAAGUAUAUAGUGAUCCAUCAGAGUUUGCACAUAUAGACCAAAUCGCGAUUUCAGUUGCUCAAGAAGACCAAAAAUCCUUCACGGACUUAGUUAGGCAGUUAGUUGGACGAUGUGGAUCAGAUAUAGAAAAAGCCAGGACGAUAUUUCGUUGGAUUACAGUAAAAAAUUUAAAUACGAUGUCGUUUGACGAAAAUCUUAGAGGUGAUACGCCCAUGGGAUUACUCAGGGGGAUCAAAAAUGGUACUGAAAGUUAUCAUGUGCUGUUCAAAAGACUAUGCAGUUACGCUGGUUUGCAUUGCGUGGUGAUAAAAGGCUAUUCGAAAUCUGCCGGUUACCAGCCAGGAGUGAGAUUCGAAGAUAACAGGUUCAGAAACUCCUGGAAUGCAGUUUACGUCGCCGGUGCUUGGAGAUUUGUCCAGUGCAACUGGGGCGCAAGGCAUUUGGUCAAUGCUAAGGAUGCACCAAGGGCGGGAAAUAAGGCCAAGUCAGAUAGUCUUAGGUAUGAAUAUGAUGAUCACUACUUCUUGACAGACCCCAAGGAGUUCAUAUACGAGUUUUUCCCUCUACAGCCAGACUGGCAACUGUUGAAGAGUCCUAUUACCCUGCAAGAAUUUGAAGAGUUGCCUUUCGUGAGGUCGCUCUUCUUCAGAUACGGUUUAUAUUUCUCCGACCUCAACACCAAAGCUGUUAUGUACACGGACUCAACAGGUGCUGCUACAGUGAGAAUAGCGAUGCCUGUUCAUAUGCAGCAAAGCCUCAUUUUUCACUAUAACCUCAAAUUUUACGAUAGUGAUAGUGACAGCUUCGAGGGAGUAUCUUUGAAACGGUUUGUGAUGCAGUCUGUGGUAGGCAACACAGUGGCGUUCCGCGUCCACGCCCCCUGCAGCGGUGCUUUCUUGUUAGAUAUUUUCGCUAACGCUGUGACUCCCCGCGAGUACCUUACUGGGGAACCGAUGAAGUUCAAGAGCGUCUGCAAGUUCAAGAUCUGCUGCGAGGACUUGCAAACGGUCAUGGUGCCGUUGCCAGAUUGCGCUAGCGGGGAAUGGGGGCCCACGAAGGCUACAAGAUUGUUCGGACUUGUGCCCAUUACGUACCAGGACGCGUUAGUGUUUGCUGGCAGAGAGGUAGAAAUCCAGUUCCGUAUGUCUCGCCAACUGACUGAUUUCAUGGCGACCCUGCACAAAAACGGAGUCGAGGAAAAACGCCUGUCGAAAUUCGUCUCUCACACUAUCCUGAACGACACGGUCACGUUCAGCAUAGCCUUUCCAGAAGAAGGCCAAUACGGCCUUGACAUUUAUACGAGAGAAAUGGUGUCGGCAGUCGAUUCUACUGGAGAGAAACAUCUUUUGACGCAUUGUUGCAAGUACCUCAUUAAUUCUUCUAAGAAGAAUUGAGGAACGACUUGAAGCCCAUAGAGGAGGACGCUAUGCAUUCCAGACGUUCGAGGAAGGAGAAAUGAUUCAUUGUAAUUGAAUCUGGAUUGAGGUUGAUCAAAGAACUGUACGCGUAUCAAGGUCGAACGCUACAAAUACAGACUGUCUCGUUUUAAGGCCUACUCGCUAGACAAAAUGUUCGUUUCAAGAUUAUAGUAUCCUAAAAUCGCUAAGGGCUGUUACUGUAAUUUUUCGCCACAAAAAAUGUCUGCAUUUGUAAAAACGAGUGACUCAUUUAGGUGGUGUCCAUCUAGAUCGUGUGAUUCCCCAUCUCUAGAUUUUUCCUUAGGGGCUACCUUCAAGAGAGUAUGAUUGAGGAAUCGGAAAUAAGGAUUUGCUGAAAUUAUUGGUCAAAAUGUAUGGACGUAUCAUCGAAAAUUACCGGCAAUAUAAUCUCUAAAGCAGUUGAUCACAUCAGAGCCAAAGCACAGAGUUCAAGUGUCAUGAGGUUUAGGCAACCAACAAGUGAACAAGAAGUGAAUGACUGCUGGUUCCAAGGCCAGAAAAACCUACAUUUUUUGUUUAAUAAUAAAGAUAAGCCGACGUAGUUUCAUGAUUCCGAAAAAAGCACUUCUAAAUGAAUCACCCAUCACCCAAGUUUGUCCAUCGUGUCGAUUUAGAUGGUCUAGUAGAAUAGUCAAUCUAAAAAUAUAUACUUAUAUACUACUGAAACCUACAUUCAUGAAUCUACAUUGAAAUUAUUUUUGCAUCUAAUGUUAGUUACCAAUAACUCCAUAAUCACGAUUAAACCAGAAGAUAAAGCAAGAGAUUCAUGUAAGAGAGACAGCUUUAAUAUAUAUAUAUAACAAAAAAAAGGAAAAUAAUGGGCAAAAUCGGCGAAAAGGAGGAAAGUGGAUUCGAGCAGAAAAUAGGAUAGGUAACCCGAGCGAUACGUAUUUCUGCUGGUUGGCUUCAUCAGGCCCGAAAUGAAUGCACAUAUGCAACUACAAAAGUAGAUACACAUGCUCAUACAUCCGGAUACGGGUGUAACCUGAGAAAAUAAAGAUAGAUGGGAAAAAAUCACACACUUCUGCUCGAAUCCACUUUCCUCCUUUUCGCGAAUUUUGCCCAUUAUUUUCCUAUUUUUUUGUUAUAUACAUUUCUCCGCAUGAUUAUUUUCUCUUUAUAUAUAUAUAUAUAUAGGUGAAAAAUUAAAGCUUCCGCCUUUUGUUGGGUACUUCGACAAAAUUUAAGCAAAGAGGACUCUUUAUACUUUUUUUAAUUCUCUCUAGCUUUCAAUGGACUUUGCCAUCAUCAUCAGGAGCUGCAGUUACAAUGAUAACAGUAGCAACAAAAGUG